CAAUGGAAAAAUAUAUUAUAUGUCUUGAUAAAUCUAAUGAAAAAGUAACUCAAAAAUCUCAAGCAUCUCAAGAAAUUCAGGAAUCUGCAGAAUCUCAAGAGUUUCAAAAAUAUCAAGAAUUUCAAGAAUCUCAAGAAUUUCAAGAAUUUCUAGAAUCUUAA